AUGUAUGGCGCAUUGGAUUCAGGGACAUGCAAGAACAUGGUGAAAUGUCUCAUGGAUAACCCUGGGGAGGUGAAUAAAGCAGACUGGUCCUCUGCAAUCGUCAUGCUCGGCCUAACGCCAACCAUCCUCGGGGGACUCAGCCCUACGCUAGAACAAAAGGCUAAAAUGUGCUGGGAAAAUCCUAUUCUAGGGUUCCUAUGUGUUCUUGGAGCUCCCUCGAGUCCAUUUUCGAGGCCUUGGGAAAGGCUAGACAAAGUGCCAAGUCGCCACUUUGGUAGUAGGGCUCUCCUCCCCAAGCACCCGGCAUCUCUAGCGGCAAUAACACUUAAAUAUCUACUUGCAAGUGCGGCAGCUGCCAAUGUCCUUCAGAAUGCGAUCAUGCUGGGUCAACAGACUAUUCUCAGCUGGAAAUGUACCUGGGCGUACCUCGAGAUUGCUUGGGUCUUUCUGGCUCUUGUGCCACUUUUGUUCGCAAUCGGGAGUGUGUACUUCGAAGGAAUACAUGCCGGGAAACAAAAUCGCCAAUCUAAUAUUCUUGACUCGCUAGCAAAUACUCUUGCUGCGGGGCAUGUCGUCUUUGGCACUGUGGUUCUCUCUGCGGUGCUUUUUAUUGGUACGCUUGAUGCGUUGGGGGUGUUUGCGAGGUUUGCCGCUUCGGCUCUCAUCUGCCAGCUUAUCACGGUACUGGAUUCCGAUGAGAAUGAGGUGGUUAGAGAGAUGCCGCUACCCCUUCAACAGGCCAAUCACGCUGUGGUUGAUGGUAGAAGGUGGAACAAGUAA